AUGGCUUCCAACUACACCAUUCGCCACAUCCCGGGCGUUCUGGCCAAAUGCCAGCCCCGUGUCGUCGCCCGCACCUCGCGGCGCCUCGCUUCCACCUCCGCUCCCCAAACUCAGAACCCCGCCUACCCGCUCUAUCCAUCUGUUACCCAGCUCCUCCACGAAAAGGGCAUCCCCGACUCCGAAGUAUCCAAGAUCCCCGCUUCAGGCCCCAAGGGCCGCCUCCUUAAGGGAGAUAUCCUCGCAUAUCUUGGUCUCGUUGCAUCAGACUACCCCGCCUCUCAAGCAUCCCGGAUCGAGAAGCUCGGCCACCUGGAUCUAAGCAACAUCAAGAUCGCUCCUCCACCGGCACCAGCAGCCCCAGAACCGGCAGCCGAGAAGCCAGUCUCAAAGGCACCUCCCACAAUAUCAGUUGCCGUCUCAAUCUCCCUGGCCACUGUUCUUCACGUCCAGAGGAAGCUCCAGAAGUCCCUCGGCGUGACAGUCCCACUCUCCACCUUCCUCGCCCGUGCCACCGACCUAGCCAACGAUGAUCUCCCCCGUUCACCAAACGCUAAACAAUCCUCCAGCGAGAUCUUUGAUGAAAUCCUCGGUGCAGAGACUAUCAAGGCUACCCGCGGCGAAUACAUCCCCGAGCUCAACGCCCUUGACGGACCCACCGAGGCACCACCCACCCAGUCAGUGAAGGAAGACCUCAUCGACUUCCUCAGUGGAGCUAGCACAAAGAAGCGCGCGCCACAGAUCGUCGAAACCGAGUCUUUCGAACCCGAGCAGGCUCUCAAUGUGUUCAGCUUGACCGUUCCCGCGGGCGAGGAGAAGAGGGCCCGCACUUUCUUGGAGCGGGUUAAGACUCUUUUGACCAUUGAGCCAGCACGCCUAGUUAUAUAG